UCGGCGCGACCGCAGUAGUUGAGGGACUCUCGGGAGAUUAACACCUUAUCCUCGUACGCACAGCAAUGUUACUGAAACGUGCUAUCCUCGUACUCGUACUCCUACUCAUCGCAUUCGAAGGCGAGGCGCGACGUGGACGUACUCGAUCGAGAACUAAAUCCAAGGUGCAAAUUGGUCUUCCGAUCACGGGAAAAUACAGAGACCCCGAAUCGGACCAGUAUUACAACAACAACGAUGGUGCAAAAAUCCUUCUGGCUUCGCACUUUGACCUUGAGUACGUUCUGGGUCACAAAAUAGCAUUCCUCUGCACUGCAAAGGGAACUCCGCGCCCUCACAUCACUUGGUUCAAGGAUGGCGUCGAAAUAUUUGCGCACCACUACUUGCAUAUCCACGAAUGGCUAAUAGAUGAAGAUCGCGUGAAGUCUAAGAUCGAGAUAGACCCAGCCACACAAAUGGACGCAGGCGUGUAUGAGUGUACCGCGGACAAUAUGUACUCGAUCGACAGACGUUCCUUCAAAACAGAUUUCUCCAUUGCCUUUGAUUGAUUUCAAUUCUAUUACAAUAUAUAAUUAUUUAUAAAAUAUCUUUGUUAACA